GCAUCCAUCCCUCCUCUCUCCCUGCGCCUGGGCCUACCUCGCCUCAGGCUCCCAGGCCAACGAUGCGCUCGUGGCUGAUCUAGAUCAGGACCGAGUCGCGCUCUCUGAGGCCUCGGCCGGGCGCCCCCAUCUCGCCGCCCACGGCCUGGGCCAAGGAGACCUGCCGAGCCCCGGCCAUGGAGGCCAUCUGGCUGUACCAGUUCCGGCUCAUUGUCAUCGGGGAUUCCACGGUGGGCAAGUCCUGUCUGAUCCGCCGCUUCACCGAGGGCCGAUUUGCCCAGGUUUCGGACCCCACGGUGGGGGUGGAUUUUUUCUCCCGUCUGGUGGAGAUCGAGCCAGGAAAACGCAUCAAGCUCCAGAUCUGGGAUACCGCGGGUCAAGAGAGGUUCAGAUCCAUCACGCGUGCCUACUACAGGAACUCAGUAGGUGGUCUGCUCUUAUUUGACAUCACCAACCGCAGGUCCUUCCAGAAUGUCCAUGAGUGGUUAGAAGAGACCAAAGUACACGUUCAGCCCUACCAAAUUGUAUUUGUUCUCGUGGGUCACAAGUGUGACCUAGAUACACAGAGGCAAGUGACUCGCCACGAGGCAGAGAAACUGGCUGCUGCAUACGGCAUGAAGUACAUUGAAACGUCAGCCCGAGAUGCCAUUAAUGUGGAGAAAGCCUUCACAGACCUGACAAGAGACAUAUAUGAGCUGGUUAAAAGGGGGGAUAUUACCAUCCAGGAGGGCUGGGAAGGGGUGAAGAGUGGAUUUGUACCAAACGUAGUUCACUCUUCAGAAGAGGUUGUCAAAUCAGAGAGAAGAUGUUUGUGCUAGUCAGCCCUUUUAUCUCCAAAACGUGCUCUCCCACCUGAACUUAAAAGUGAUCAAAAUGAAUAGAAUCAUCGUGUGGCUGAAGAGAACUUAACCUCCAUAUUGGAUACCAAGUGAGCCUCCUCCC